AUGAGCCAAGUCAGCGGGGGCAAAGUGCCAUCGUACCACGCACCUCCGUUUGACUCGCCGCUAAGCGGCGCUACUAUUCAUGAACUACGAUGCUUGGAUACAAAAGUCCAGCUCGGAUUUCACCUUGUGCCGCACAUUGCCAAGACGCUUAUAACGGAGCUUCCGUCCAGUGCAUAUGUGCUUGUGACUGAUACGAACCUCGCGAAGCUGGGCGCCAUUGACAAGUUUCGCAAGGCAUUUGAGGCGAUACCAGGGGCACGGCUCCUCGUGUAUGAGCUGGCACCUGGAGAAGAAAGCAAGAGUCGCGAGACCAAAGCGGCCAUAGAAGACUGGAUGUUGGAGCACCGUCUCACUCGCGACACUGUCGUCCUUGCGUGCGGCGGUGGAGUUAUUGGUGAUUUAGUCGGUUUUGUGGCCGCUACGUUUAUGCGUGGCCUGAAAUAUGUACAGAUUCCUACUACCCUGUUGGCUAUGGUCGACUCGUCGGUUGGUGGCAAAACGGCGAUUGACCACCCGCACGGGAAAAAUCUGAUCGGCGCAUUCCACCAGCCACGCUAUGUAUUUAUCGAUGCUGCUUGGCUCCUUACCCUACCUGAGCGAGAGUUCAGCAAUGGCAUGGCUGAGGUUAUCAAAACCGCGGCGAUUUGGGAUGCGGCUGAUUUUGAAAAGCUUGAGAGUGAAUCGGCUUCGAUACGCGCCGCUGUGAUGGGUGAUGAGGCCCGUCAGCAAAGUGCAGCGCAGGGACACACACUUGCCACGCGCACGUCGUCGCAGAGUUUGUUGCUCGAUGUAAUUCGUGGAAGUGUGGGAGUGAAAGCCCACAUCGUGACCAUUGACGAAAAAGAGACAGGCUUGCGGAACCUCGUGAAUUUCGGCCAUUCUGUUGGCCAUGCAAUUGAAGCUGUCUUGACACCCGACAUCCUGCAUGGCGAAUGUGUGGCUGUGGGCAUGGUGCUGGAGGCAGAAAUUGCGAGACUCGUGCAUGGUCUUCCGCAAGUCGCGAUCGGUCGGCUCGUUCGCUGUCUGCGUCUGUACAAUUUACCAGUGACACUUGCUGAUGCACGCAUCAUGGCACUGUCGAAAGUGCGCGAGCUCACAACCGCCCGAGUUUUGGAUAUUAUGCGUGUUGACAAAAAAAAUGCUGGUGCUCAGAAAAAGAUUGUCUUGCUCUCGCGCAUUGGUGCGACGGUGGAAGAGCGAGCAAGCACUGUAUCAGAUGCAAUGAUCGAGCGUGUGCUUGCGCCCGCCAUGUUGGUGCGUGAAUCCGUCAGUGCGCCAAGGCCCCCCCUUACGAUUCACACGCCCGGGUCAAAGAGCGUGUCGAACCGUGCACUGGUUCUCGCAGCUCUUUCUGGCGGAACAUGCCGCCUGCGUCAUCUUUUGCACUCUGACGAUACCCAAGUGAUGAUGCAAGCGCUGGCCCAGCUCCGCGCUGCGGACUUUGCUUGGGAAGACAAUGGCGCGACGCUUGUGGUACAUGGCCAGGGAGGCCGGGUCCUGGCGUCGGACGAACCGGUCUACCUCCAGAAUGCUGGUACUGCUGCGCGCUUUGUGACUGCUGUUGCAUGUCUAGCUUCUUCUGCUUCUUGCAGUGGCUCGGACGAGUCGUCUUGCCAUGGCGUUGUACAUCUUACGGGCAAUGCAAGAAUGAAACAGCGUCCUAUUGGCCCAUUGGUUGAUGCGCUCCGAUCGAAUGGUGCGAGGAUCGAUUACGUGGAGCAGUCAAAUUGUUUGCCACUGAAUGUCACUGCUUCCGGCGCACUUCAAGGUGGUCGUAUUGAACUGGCAGCCGACGUCUCGUCCCAGUACGUAUCGGCGGUGCUACUUUGUGCGCCAUACGCACAGAAUGAUGUUGAACUCGCACUUGUCGGUGGCAAAGUCAUUUCCCAGCCGUACAUUGACAUGACGAUCGCCAUGAUGCAGUCUUUUGGCGUGCGCGUAGAGCGAGUGGCAGAGCAUGUGUACCGGAUUCCACGCACCACGUACGUGGCACCAUCAACCUAUGAAGUGGAAUGCGACGCUAGCAGUGCGACUUAUCCACUGGCCAUCGCGGCCAUCACUGGCACGACCGUGACCGUGCCGAGUUUGGGCCGGGCAAGUCUGCAAGGCGACGCUGCGUUUGCUCGGAAAGUGCUUGCGCCUAUGGGAUGCCAAGUCGAGCAGAAUGACGUCUCAACAACGGUGACGGGUCCGCCUGUUGGCAUGCUGAAGGCGCUUGGCGCCAUCGAUAUGGAAUCGAUGACCGAUGCUUUCAUCACAGCCGCCAUGCUAUUUGCUGUUGCCACUGCCCCGUGCGAUGAAUAUGCUUCCUCGUCGACAUCGGCUUCGCCAUCGUCCACCCGCAUAACGGGCAUAGCCAACCAACGCGUGAAGGAGUGCGAUCGUCUGCGUGCUGUCGUAACGGAGCUUGCCAAGCUCGGCGUUCGUGCUGUCGAGCACGAUGACGGCAUCGAAGUGUUUAGCACACCGAUCUCACAGCUCUUGCCGCAUGCCUCGAUUUACUGCUACGAUGACCAUCGCAUUGCCAUGGCAUUCAGUGUGUUGGCAUGUGUCGUGCCAGGGGCAGGCACUGAGAUCCAGGAAAAGCGCUGUGUGGAAAAGACAUGGCCGUCUUGGUGGGACGUGCUCGGCGGUCCGCUGAACGUUCCAAUCGCUGGUGCACGUCUGAACGAUGCGCUGGUCUCUCUCGUAGCACGAUCGCGUCAACGUGGCCCUCCCACUCCUACUACGCUGUACGGAAGAGACGCUUCUAUUGUGCUGAUCGGCAUGCGUGCGUCGGGCAAGUCUCAUGUGGGUCGGUCGCUUGCAAAACUUUUGCACCGGACGUUUGUGGAUGCCGAUGUGGUUUUUUCGGACAUGUACGAUAUUGGCGCGUUCGUGCAAGACCAUGGCUGGGACGCUUUCCGUGCAGAAGAAUCGCGCAUCCUAGAGAGUCUACUAACGCAAUGUAGUGUGGGUCACGUCAUUGCGCUUGGCGGAGGCGUCAUCGAGUCGGCAGCGAGUCGUGCACUGCUGGCUCGUUUCCGCGAGCAUGUGGGCCCAGUCGUACACAUUGUUCGUGACUUUGCACUGAUUGAAUCGUUCCUCGCAACUAGCGAUCGUCCUGCCUAUGGCGAGCCGCUCGCUGAUGUGUAUGCGCGGCGCCUGCCUCUGUAUGCGGAGUCAUCGUGCAUGGAGGCUGUAAACACGGGCAAUGAUGCUGCGCUUGCUCUGUCGCGUCAGCUCCGCACACCCCUUGGCACACCUGUGCCUAUAUCGCCCGCAUUUUUCUUGUCGCUGACGUUCCCACGUGUUCAGGACGCGUGGUCAAUCUUAGAUCAUGCUUCCGCUGGUGUAGAUGUGCUAGAGCUACGCGUGGAUUUGCUGCAUGCGGACGGUCAACCCAGCAUCGACGACGUCCGUGAGCAAGUCGCAUUGCUGCGACAGUACACAUCAUUACCUAUCCUCUACACCGUCCGGAGUGUAUCACAGGGCGGUCGUUUGCCAGACGAGGCGAAUGAAGCCUACUUUGCACUCACGCGCCUUGGCCUGAGAAUGGGCUGUGAGUAUGUGGAUAUCGAAUUGACGCGGCCGUCGGACGGCAUUGAAGAGCUCGCACAAGCAAAAGGUCAAACGCGCAUCGUAGCUUCGUUUCAUGACACGUCUGGUACCAUGCACUGGAUGGCGCCGGCCAUGCGUCGGCUGUAUACACGAGCGUGUGUUUUGGGUGAUAUCGCGAAGCUCGUGGGAUUCGCACGCACUUGGCAGGACUCGCUGGAUCUUGAGUCUUUCCGCACCCGCGUCGCUCAGGAAGCGCCAUUCCCGCUCAUUGCCAUCAACAUGCAAGCCGCUGGUCAGCUAUCCCGCAUCGUGAAUCCACUCUUGACGCCCGUGACACAUCCCGCGUUGCCUGUGCCCGCAGCGCCUGGUCAGAUGAGCGUGCGUGACAUUCACCAUGCGCGACACCUGCUCGGCCUGCUACCCAAGCGCCACUUUUUCCUGUUUGGCUCACCCAUCACGCAUUCUCAAAGCCCUUUGAUCCACAACACUGCUUUUGAGCUUCUUGGUCUUCCACAUGUGUAUGCGCGACAUGAGACGGAUAGUGUGGAUGCCAGUGUGGAAGCACUUGUGCGGGCCGGCGACUUUGGUGGCGCGAGCGUCACGAUCCCCCACAAGUUGAGCAUUAUGCAGCUGCUUGACUCUGUGUCGCCUCAUGCACAGGUCAUUGGCGCAGUGAACACAAUUGUUCCGCAUCGCGACGAGACAACAGGUCAUAUGGCUCUUCAUGGUGAAAAUACGGAUUGGCGAGCUAUAGUUGAUCUUGUGGCGAAGCACGACGGCGGCCGCACCCGUGCAUGUACGGCUCUCGUGAUUGGCGCUGGUGGUUCUGCCCGCGCCGCCCUGUAUGCGAUGCACAAACUCGGCGCUUCGCGUAUCCUCUUGUACAACCGCACAUUCGAAAAGGCUGUCAAUUUAGCAGAGCAAGUGCCGGUGGAGUGGCGGGUUGAGCCGGUCGACUCGUUGGCUCUUGCCGCUAAGGCAAAACCAAAUGUGAUUGUGAGCAAUGUACCAGCACAAGGCACGUCCUUUACCCCUGGUGGUGCCGACAUUGUGCUUCCGCUUGAUCUUUUGUCAUCCGACGGUGGUGUAGCGAUCGAUAUGGCGUAUCGGCCAGAAAUCACACCGUUGCUGACGUUGGCACAACAGCAUCAGUCAUGGCAUGGCGUACGAGGCAUCGAGAUUCUACUUGCCCAAGCAUUCCAUCAAUUCCGCUUAUGGACAGGACUACCGCCUCCGUGCUUGGACAUUGAGACGACCGUAUAUGCGGCGUACCGAGCUGCAGCGGCGUCUAUGUAG